AUGAGCGAAGCAAGUGGGUCCGCGUCGCCAGCGCCCGGCAGCUCCGCUGCAGAGCUUGGCCCGGGAGGCACAAGACCCAAGCGCGCUGUUCGUCCCACCGCCAAAGCACUACAGGCGAGAGAGCAGUCGCCUGACGGAUGGGAACAUGGCGGAUCCAGGAGGUCGCAGCCAUUGCGGCCCAUUCGCACCGCCUCCGGGGCUCGUCCACAGAUCAAGCUCAAGAUGAAGGCAUCAGGUGGCGGUACUGCAGCAGGAUCAGGUCAAGGGCUCAAAACGCAGGCGUACAUGCAGAGCUACGAUCGCGAGCUCGACUCGGAAGAUGACGAGACGGGUCAGGGACUUGCAUUCGAGGAGCAGCUCAUCUUUCGCAUGCCAGAAGGUCCCGAAUGCGACAAACUCAGAGACAGCAUCCAGAAACGACAACUCGGCGACGAUGUCUGGUUCAAGUUCAAAGAUUCGAGACGUGCCAUUGUCCACGUUGGCGACUCGCUGUUCUCAGCUAAGCUAGUCGAUCUGCCUACCAUCACGGAGGCGCACAAGACGCUGGACAAUCGGCAAUUCUUCAAGGUGGCCGAUAUCGCGCAAAUGCUGGUGGUCGAGAGCAAGAUCGCGGACGAAUCACAAGCAUCCUCCAGUGCCGCCGGUGGCGGCAAGGGCUUCAACAUCGAAGACUUCAUCUACCCUCACGGCAUCACGCCUCCGAUGCAGUGGGCGAGGAAACGACGCUUCCGCAAGCGUGCUGCGCGUCGAGCCAUCGAGACGGUGGAGAAGGAGGUGGAGCGAUUGCUGAAAGCUGAUAAGAAGGCGGACGACGUCGAGUACGAGAUGAUUGAUGCAGCGGAAGAAGGUGUGUCCGAAGACGACGAUGACCAGCAGGGCGGUCCAUCCAGAAGAGGAGCAACAUCGCCCGGUGGCUCUCAAGCAGAGACGCCUAUGCCUGACGGCUCGGAUGGCGGGUCGCAAGACGAGGACGGAGACGACGGCGACGACGAUGACGAUGACCAAGCACGUCGUCGUCGUACUGACACUUUCGAUGGCGGCGAAGGUGGCUACGACGAGGACCUUGACGACGAUGUUGACGAGGACCUGGCAGCUGAGCUCGAUGCCGCCCUCGAAGAGGAGGAGGACGAUGAUGAUGAGUCGACACGAGGCGCUGGCAGCGAAGCUCAGAGCCGAACCAGCGACCAGGAAGACCUUUGGGAUGAUGACGACGAUGAUGACGCGGAUGACGGCGAUGAAGAGGACGAUGACGAAGAGGAUGAGAACGACGAAGAGAAGGAGCAGCGUGUUCGCGAAGCUCAGUUGGAGGCCGAGUGCCGAGAGCUCGAGACGCUGGUGCGAAGGAAGCAGUCCGAUGUGGAUGGCACGAUGAACCUUAUCAUCAAGAAUCGCCAUCAGCAGGCACUCCGCAAGCUCACCACAGAGCGCGACAUGAAGCGCAACCAGCUGGCGGACCUCAAGCAGACACGAAAGGAGCGCAAAGAAGCCAACCAAGCGGCGGCCGAGGCAGCAGAACAAGCUGCGGCCGUGUCCAAUCUCGACGAUACGGAAGACGCAGCGCGGCUUGGCGAUGAUCUCGCAGACGAGCGCCCGCAUUCCGGCAGCACGGCAGGCGUCUCCACCAGCGGAGCAGCCAACAUCGUCGAGAACGACGCUCCCAGCAGUACAACACAGCACCGAGGCAUGCCGCCGCCCGCUUUGCCGGCGAGCCGAAAUCUUUCGCAACCAUCCACGCCCGCUGCGAGGCCCCCCAUCUCAUCAUCAGGGUCCGCGCAGAAAAACCAAGCUGACCCGGAUGACAGCAACCUCUGGGAGGACGAGGAUGAAGAAGAUGUCAGCGAUUCCUGA